AUGGAAGAUGCUCCAAAACCUCGGAGGGUUCCCUCCAGCUUCCAAGACUCGGGCGGAAUCAAGGACCCGAAGACAGAGCUGCGUCGGGAUGAGGAGAUGCACAGGUUUGACUCGGAGACGAGUCUUGAGACGAAGGCCGUGUGCUCCCAGUCCAAGCUGAAGGGCCUGGAGUUGACUACGCCCCUGGUGCCUUCCAUCAGUGUGGCCUCGACGUUUAGCAUCAACAAAGUGGACGAGUACAUGGAAUGUUUGAGAGAUGGCUAUAUCUACAGCAGGCUAGCGAACCACUCCUGCGAUUCAGCCGCUCAUGCCAUCAAUUCACUAGAGGGCGGUGUUGGCACGUUGGUGUUCUCAAGCGGCAUGGGAGCCAUCGCGACUACUCUACUGGCUCUGCUUAAAACCGGCGACCAUGUGAUUGCACCAGAUUCAGCCUAUUCUGGUACGUAUGCCAUGAUGAAAAGCGUGCUGCCAAACUACGGCAUCGAGGUGACGUUCGUCAAAGCAUGCGACAUUGAGGAGUACAAAAAAGCCAUCAAACCCAACACCAAGAUAUUUUACGGGGAGACCCCAUGCAAUCCCUGCCUGGCCGUCCUCGACUUGAAGGCAUUUGCUGAUGUCGCCAAGACCGUUCCCUUGGCGAUCAGCGUAGUGGACUCCACCUUCGGCUCGCCGUGUGUGCAGCGCCCUCUGGAGUUUGGAGUGGACAUUUCAAUAAACAGUUGUACCAAGUACAUAGGAGGUCACAGUGACAUCGUGGCUGGUUCCAUGAGCACCAGGGAUGAGGAGAUUCUGUUUGGGGUCGGUGAGUUCCUGAGGCAGACAGGGAACUGUCUGUCGCCAUUCGAUGCUUUCCUGCUGCUGCGCGGUGUGCGCACACUGCCCCUACGGAUGGAGAAGCACAGCCAAAACGGACUGAAGAUUGCACAGUAUCUUGAACAGCAUUCCAAGAUCAGCAAGGUGUACUACCCUGGCCUGCCGUCCCAUCCCCAACACGAGGUAGCCAAGAAACAGAUGUCGGCCUUCGGUGGAAUGGUCGUCUUCGAGGUUGCAGACGGUCUGCAAGCCGCCAAGACACUGGUCGAGUCGGUGAAGCUGAUCACCCUUGCUGUGUCCCUUGGCUCCACCGAGUCCCUCAUCGAGCAUCCGGCUACUAUGACCCACGGUCCUUACCUCAUGACAUCCGAGGACAGGCAGAAAGGGAGCAUAUCGGACGGCCUCAUCAGAUUCAGUGUUGGCAUAGAGAAUGUCGACGACCUGAUCCGGGAUCUUGAGCAAGCUUUGGCCAAGGUCUAGGCCCUAGAGAUGACGUCUGGAUUGAUGGAAGAAAACAAAACGGACAAAUUGCACAAGCUACAUUCGUCAUCUCUUUGAACCAUGCCUAUGAGAUGUGGUCAACACAAUAGCACAGCACGCACAAACUGCAACAAUUGUAAUAAGGUCUACAUGACUGCCGUAAAAAUGGACAAAUAAAUGUUUGACCAUUCUUCUGUAUAUAGCCGCUUUUUCUUAACUUGAGCUUUAUUUUCAACGCCGUUUUCACCACAUAUGACCAAGAGCUUGUAGUUUAGGAAUAUUUUAAAUCAAUUUCAACAUGUCUCUUCGAUUUUGAAAAAAUAUGCCUCUGAAAAAGUGUAAAAAAAAAAUUUUCAGCCCUGUAUUUUUUCUUGAAAUAAUCUGCAGCUUAAGUUUAUUCUUCUGCAGGAAAGGAGAAACGCAUAUCUCCACAAUAUUUUUAAAUCGGAUUUUAUAUUUUCAAUGGUGGAAGGAAAAGAUAUAUUUCAACAUCAUUUUAUCAGGGUUUUUUUUUCUUCAAAAAAUUAAUUUUGUUACAUUUUCUUCCGGUGCACUUUGCGUAGAACCAUUAAGAUAUUUUCUUUUUAUUAUAUUGAUAAGUGAAAUACUGUUCCAGGUAAUAACAAAAACAUUGAUAUCGUGUUUAUUUUUGAAUUCAUGGAUUUUACUUAUUUUAGAAUUAUGCGAAGCAAUCUGAAAUUUGAUUAGGGAUUUCUUUAUGAAAUUUCUUGUGUAACAGUCUGUUUACGUAGGAGAAUUUGUAUUAUUUUUUUUUGUAAACGGAUCAUCCAACUUACAAAAGGUAGGCCCAUGAACACACUUAUUGUAUUCAAAUUUAUUUGUUUAUGAAAUGUCUUGUUUAACAGUAUAUUUAAGUCGGAGAAUUUGUAAUUUUUGUGUCGCCUAAACGAAGCCUUUGGAGACACUAACCAGUCCUUAAUACUGUAUGACCGUAACACACCAGAGGUACUUGUGGGUUACUCGUACAAAGGGAACGGCACCCCACAAGUGAAAUUUUUAGAAAAACGGUACCCCACAAGUGAAAUCUUUAAGAAAAGGGAUAAAAGGACAACAAUGCUCCUACCCCAGAACUCCCAUCUGCUGGGAAACAGAUGGAGGUUCUCAGUGCCGUGCAGCCACACGAUGAAGAUAUCAUCCACAUACCGGAGCCACACACUCGGUUUCUGGUCAGCUGUUAAGGAGUGCUGUCUGUUCAAAUUCUUCCAGGAACAUAAUUGUUGUCUGUAUGUCCCUAUUUCUAAAGAUUUCGUUGUGGGGUGCCCCUUUUCUUCUAAAGAUUUUCCUAGUGGGUUCUGUUCCCUUUGUUCUGAGUAUUCCACAAGUGGUCCAAGGUUAGCACAGUCCAUCCGCUGGGAGGUGGGGGGGGGGAUGUCCGUAUGACGGUAUGAUACCUAACGGUUAACAUUUUUAGUUUAACCUCUUCAUUUUUUUUGUUUCUUCAAAACUUGAAAUUCUUUUGUAUUUUUCAUCCGGUGCCCUUUGUCAAGAACCAUUAAGAGAUUUGCUUUUUAUUAGAUUUAUAAAUGAAAUACGGUUCUAGGUAAUAUUCCAUGUAAUAGUUAUUUUUAAAUUCAUGGAUUUUACUUAUCCGUAUAUUUCAGACAAAAUAUGCAAAGCAUGCCAGAUGAUGUCCCGUCUAAAAUUUGAUUAUUGAUUUCUUUAUGAAAUUUCUUGUGUAACCGUCUAUUUACGUAGGAGAAUUUGUAAUUUUUUUGUAAUGGGGCCCAACAUACAAGAAGGUCGAACACACUUAUUGUAUUCAAAGUUAUUUGUUUAUGGUUUUUUUGACAGUCUAUUUACCUAGGAGAUUUUGUCAUUUUGUUAUAAACGGGUACAACUUACAAGAAGUUUGAACACACUUUAUUGUAUUCAAAGUUAUUUGUUGAUGAUUUUUUUUUAUUUGACAGGCUAUUGUUGCGUAAGAGAUUUUUGUCAUUUUUUUUUAAACAGGUCGAACUUACAAGAAGUUUGAAACCACUUAUUGUAAUCAAAGUUAUUCCAAAUUAUAAUAACCAUUUUAAUCAUCGAUGAUGAAAUAUGACCUGAUAUUUAAAUCUUGUUUUUCAAAAUAUUAUUGAAAUAAUGGGGUUAUGCACCCUUAAGCUGAUUUUCCAUUAAAGAGAAUCAGCAAGAAGUGUC